GGGAGGAGAGUCACAGACUGGAGCCAGGCACCGACACGAGAGCACGGAGAGCGGGGGAUAGCGGGACACAGCCAUGAAAACCCCGGCAGAGCCAGGGUUUGCCUUUCCCGACUGGGCCUACAAGCCGGAGUCCAGCCCGGGAUCCCGACAGAUCCAGCUCUGGCAUUUCAUUCUGGAGCUGCUGCGGAAAGAGGAGUAUCACGAUGUCAUCGCCUGGCAGGGGGACUACGGGGAGUUCGUCAUCAAGGACCCCGACGAGGUGGCGCGGCUGUGGGGGGUCCGGAAAUGCAAACCGCAGAUGAACUAUGACAAGCUGAGCCGGGCACUCAGGUAUUAUUAUAACAAGCGGAUCCUCCACAAAACCAAAGGCAAGCGAUUCACUUACAAGUUCAACUUCAACAAACUGGUGCUAGUCAACUACCCGUUUAUAGACAUGAGCAUGGCAGGAGGGCCGGUCCCUCAGAGCGCUCCACCUGUUCCUUCAGGAGGUACCCACUUCCGCUUCCCACCCUGCACCCCAUCGGACGUCCUCUCUCCCAACGAGGAUCUGCGCUCUCCCACGCUCUUCUCUUCCGUGGCAAGGCGCUUGGCUCGCGGCUCAGUCAGCGACUGCAGUGAUGGCACGUCCGCCAACUCAGAGGUGGAAGAGAGUCUUAACGAGGAACAUCACCGCAGGGGCCCUGGGCCGGAUAUCCCAGCAUUCAGAGGGCCACCCCUCCCCCGGCUCCCCCACGAGAGCCUCUUCAGGGUAUAUCCUCGACCACGAGUACCAGAACCACUCAGCCCAUUCCCAGUAUCUCCAAUGGGUGCACCAACUGGCCUGCUCCCUCCACAGCUUUCUCCAGCUCUACCCAUGACACCCAACCAUAUGAACUACACACCCUCACCCACCCUGAGCCCCAUGUACCCCGGGGGCAGCCACUUCUCCUUCAACCCCGAAGACAUGAAGCGCUACCUCCAGGCGCACACGCAGAGCGUGUAUAACUACCACCUCAGCCCGAGGGCGUUCUUACACUACCCGAGUAUCGUGGUGCCUCAGCCGCAUCGUCCCGACAAGCCCCUGCAUCUGCCCCCCGAAGAACCACCCUUCAAAUUUAAACUCCAGCCCCCUCCGCUCGGCAGAAAGCAGCGGGAGCGACCCAUGGACAUUGGGUCAUCCGCCGCCUCCUCGUCUUCCAUUGUCCCUCAAAUCAAGGUGGAGCCCAUAUCCGACGCGGAGGAGGAAGACGAGGAGGAGCUGAUGGUGGAGGUGACGGACAUCAGCGAGGAGGAAGAAGACGAGGAGGUGUUUAAAACCCCUACCGCUCCGGAACAGAAGCCCCUACCUUCCCCGCUGCCCAACAGGGAUGAGGAGCCUCUUAGCGCCGGACCAGAGACGGGAAGGUGCAUCCCGCUCAAGUUGCGCUUCAAGCGCCGAUGGAGUGAAGACCAGCGCCUGGAGGCCGAGGGCGCGGGAGAGGAUUCUGACAAAAAGGUGCGAGGUAACCAGGAAGAGCCGAGUCUCCCUCCUCAGCCGGGCGGCGUUCCCUGCAGAAGGGUGAGCGCCGACCUACAACGCGCCACAGAGGAACUAUCGCUAGAGAACCGCGAUUCCCAAUGA